CUUAACUUCACUUUAUUGUAGUAAAAGCAAAGCAGGAAGUUUACAUACGUUUAAUUAACAGUUAAUACAAUGAAAUUUCGUGCUGUUAUGGUCGAUUCAGCGCCCAUGAGAGAAUUUUCAAAUAUUGUGACUACAAUUUCGAAGUUAUCAAAAGAGUGUGUGUUAAGAUUGUCAAGUGAGAAGAUUUAUUUUAUAGUGAACGAUGAUUCAAGUGGUCCUGCCCCACCUGUACUUUGGUGUGAAAUACCACAGAGGAUGUUUUUUUCUGAAUAUCAAUUAACAGGGGUAGAUGAUGAACAUAAAGAUAUCUACUUAGGAUUCAGUUCAGUGAAUUUAUCAAGACCUCUAAUGACACUAAAAUCAGCUAAAUCAUUGAAGAUGAAAUUAACAAAGAAACAAUGUCCAUGUUUAACAUUAGAAAUUGAAUCGGCCUCGUCAACAUCACAACAAACAAGACAGGUAACCCAUGAUAUACCAGCCAUUGUUAUACCAAGGAAAUGUUGGUCUGAUUUCCAUGAACCACAAGUACCAAAGCCUGAUAUAUCAAUAGAGCUGCCAUCAUUAAAACAAUUACGAACAACAAUAGACCGAAUGAGAACGAUGUCCUCAGAUGUGGUGAUCAGAGCGUCUGCAGAAGGUAGACUGACGUUACAGAUCAAAACAGAUACAGCUAAAGUAUCUACUAGAUUUAAAGGAUUGAGAGUUGAAUCUUUUGAAGGGCCAAUCGAGCAUUCAGAUUCGGAAACCGAGACUCAAAUAAACGAGGAUCAGUCUAGACUAUGUGUAUGUCGGGUAGAUGCAAAAAAAUUGUCAAUGUUCCUAAAUGCUGACCAGAUAUCACAUAAUCUUGUCACAUGUAAUGUAGUACAUAAACGUCUUGUCACACUCUGUUUACAGACAGACGAGAAUGUACACUUACAAUGUUAUAUCACUGGGAUUGUUUAUUGAUAUUUAGUUUUUUUUUAUACAGCAAUAUUUAGUGUAGUAAUCAUAGUUAAGGGAGACCCUUAUUGUUGAUUUCUCAUACUAAAUAAGGAGCGUCGGAACAAAA